UAUUAAAUAAAUAGAAAAUAAAAAUGGCAGUUGAUAGCCAACUAAUUGACGCCAUUGUGCACGAAUAUUUAUUGAAAAAAGACAAAAGUUUGGCGCAAGUUUUUCAACACAAAACUAAAGCGGCUCCAGUGGGUAAGGGUUCUCCUAAAUUGGAAGACAUUUUGAAAUACUAUCAACAGAAUAGUAAAACAAAAAUACCCAAUGUGAAAACGGCAAAUGAUUCCUCAGAUGAUAGUAGUGACGACUCCGAGGAAGAAACUCCCAAGAAAACUGUUGCUCCCGCUGUGAACAAUAAGGCCGCGGCAGCGAAAAAUGCUGCUUCCAGUUCAGAAGACUCCUCUGAUGACAGCAGUGAGGAAGAAAAGAAGCCUGCAGCAAAACCAGUAGCCGCUACAACACCUAAAGUAAAUGGUGUCGCAAAGAAGAAGGCUGAAUCUUCCGAUGAUUCCUCUGAUGACAGUGAAGAUGAAAAGCCAGCAGCCAAGCCAGCCGCUAAGGCUGCCCCCGCUAAGCCUGUAGCUAAAAAAGAUGAAUCCGAGGAUUCUUCCGAUGACAGUAGCAGCGAAGAUGAGAAACCAGCAGCUAAACCUGCUGCCAAACCAACACCAGCUAAAACGGUUGCUAAAAAGGCUGAUUCCUCAGAUGACUCUUCCGACGACAGUAGUGAAGAUGAGAAACCUGCUGCUAAAACCACACCAGCUAAGCCAGCUGCUAAAGCAACACCGGCCAAACCGGCUUCCAAAAAGGCCGACUCUUCCGAUGAUUCAUCGGAUGAUAGCAGUGACGACGAAAAACCAGCUGCUAAAGCCGCACCAGCCAAGGCCACCCCUGCUAAACCUGUCGCUAAGAAGGCCGAGUCUUCGGACGACUCUUCAGACGAUAGCAGCGAAGAAGAAAAGCCCGCUGCUAAAGCCACACCAGCUAAGCCUGCAGCCAAAGCAACACCAGCCAAGCCAGCUGCCAAGAAGGCCGCCUCUUCGGACGAUUCAUCAGAUGAUAGUAGUGAGGACGAAAAACCAGCUGCCAAGCCAGCUGCAGCAAAACCAACACCUGCCAAGCCAUUAGCAAAGAAGGCAGAAUCUUCUGAUGAUUCUUCGGAUAGCAGUGAAGAUGAAAAACCAGCUGCCAAGCCAGCUGCAAAGCCUACCCCAGCUAAGGCUGCUCCCAAAAAAGCAGAUUCCAGCAGCAGUGAAGAUAGCUCCGACGAAGAAGAGGAAGUCAAACCUAAAGCGGCUACACCGGCUAAGAAACCCGUUGCUGCCGCCGCUGCUAAAAAAGAAUCCAGCAGUGAAGAUUCCUCCAGUGAGGAAGAUGAAAAACCAGCUGUCAAACCCGUAGUAAACAAAACACUUGUUGCAGCUAAAAAGAAGGCUGAAAGUAGCAGUUCUGAAGAUUCUUCUGAUGAUGAAGAACCAGCUGCUAAGAAGCCUGCUGUAGCCGUUAAACCAGCAGCCAAGACUGUUGCCAAGAAAGCUGAAUCGAGUUCUGAAGAAUCUUCAUCCGAAGAAGAAGAGGAAAAGAAGCCAACAGCUAAACCUGCAGCCAAACCUGUUGCCAAAAAAGCUGAAUCGAGUUCAGAAGACUCCGAUGAUUCGGAUGAUGAACCACCAGCUAAAAAAGCUAAUGUAGCCAAGGCAGCUACACCUGCCAAGAAAGCAGCCGAGGAUAGUGAUGAAGAUAGCUCCAGCGAAGAGGAAGAGGAAGAGAAACCUGCCGCUGCUGCGACUCCUCUAGCUAAACCCGGACAAAAGAGAAAAUUCAGUGAAACCAAUGGUAACGCCGAAAAGAAGGAUAACAAAUACAAUAACUUUGUUAAAGGUGGAUUCAAUAAUGUAAGUAUUUUCGAAUAUUUUUUAGAGUAUCAGUCCAAAGGAUUUGCUUCAACUCCAGCCAAUAAUGGCAAAUUUAAUAAGAAUCAAAAAACCCCACAGUCGGUGGAUGGUCCCAAGAAAAACGAACCAUUCAGAAGGGUGCGUGAAGAAGAAGUUGAAAUAGAUGAAAGAGUUAAAGACAUGUCUUUCGAAGCUAAGGACGAAGAUAAUACAAAUGGUGGCGAAGAAGGUGGUAAGGCGGCUAAUGGUGGAUUUAAGAAGUUUGGUGAUCGCAAGUCAUUUGGUGGCUUUGAAAAUGGAAAAGGUGGACGUGGUGGUGGCGGUCGUGGCGGCUUCGGCGACAAGGGUGGCCGCGGCGGCGGUGGUCGUGGUGGUGGACGUGGUGGCUUUGGUGACAAAGGAGGCCGUGGAGGUUUCGGAGGUCGUGGUGGCGGACGUGGAGGUUUUGGCGACAAAGGCGGUCGGGGAGGUGGCGGCCGUGGAGGUGGACGUGGUGGUUUCGGCGGUGCAAACAAACCCUUCAACAAAUCUUUUGAUAAUUCAGCGACGCCGAACAAAAAGAUCACCUUCGAUGAUUAA